AGAAACUAGAGCUGAACCGUUUUAGGCUGAUGAAGAAGGAACCGUUUUAUUCUGAUGCAACGUCCCAUAUUCUUUUAUGUACACGGCUUCUCUCCUUUUCUGAAGCUCCAUCUUCCAUUCUUCUUUUGAUUUUUUGCUUUGAGUGACUGAUUAUUGACUACCAAGUUGAAGGAAAUGGGGGUUCAGGUCAUUAAAGAGAUGUAAUUUCGGUGAACAAUCCGAGCUCUCUUCAUCUCUUUUCUGCUUUCCGUAGUUUGUGGGGUCUCUGGAAUCCAUGGCUAAGAAGAGGAAAUCGGACGUCACAGGCUUGGACGAGCUGGACAGGACCAUGUACGCCACCUUUUGCAGCGCGGCCAACUCUCUUUCGCAGCUGUACACGCAGGCGCAGAGCCAGCAGAAGCUCAUGUUUCAAGCCGGGGAGCGCCAUGGAAUGGAGAAAUUAUAUGAGUGGAUAUUAAAACAACACGAGGAAGGGUCAAGGGUUACUGCAGCAGAUGUUAUUGCUUAUUUACAGAAAGAGCUCGAUUAUGAUCUAGAAGAAACAUCAUCUCCAGAAUCUCAGAUGUAUCAGCACAGUUCUCACCCUCAGAUGAUGCAUUCAGAUUCAGGUUCCUUAGUAUAUGCUGGUGGGCAGACUUCGCCUCGCGGUGCAAGACCUACUCAUACUGACCAACACAAGAAUUCUAAUUUUUUUAAUGGUUUGUCCACUCCAGUAAGGAGCAGCCUGCAGCCAUUUCAGUUACCUCAAUCCGAGUACUUCUUAAGCAAUUCUGGCCAGUCAGGAAAUGGAGGACGGAGGGCUGGCUCCUUAGACUCAUAUGGGAAUGGUGUUUUUAAUGAACUACAUGGCCCAUCACAAGAUCAUGAUAUUGGCAGCAGUGUUAAUUCUCUUCAGAUCUGCUAUUCCCAGCCUCGUGAAAACUGGGAGGCAUGUUUUUCUGACUCAAAUAGUUCAUUCAUGGACAUUCAUGAGGGAAGUGCAGUUCGUGACUCUUACUGAGAGUCCAGUUUCAGAUCGUGUUUGAAAAUCAUGCGAUUUUAAUUGAUGCAUGUAAUUGGAAAACUAUUUCAGCAUCUUCUAAAUUUCAUUCAAGCUGCAACUCGACUGGCAUAGUGGUUAACACAACUUGUUUGUCCUGCUAUGAUUGCAAGAUUGAGAAAGAAAAGGUGCAUCAUCCAUCUAGCUGCUCCUCCCUUGAUGGUGUUGAGGUGUGAAGUUCUUAAUGCAAUUUCCUGGCAGCUGCUAAUGUGCUUUGGACUGCUCAUGUGGGUUCAUCUUAGUUGUUUCUAUAGUCCAGAGGUCAGCAAGUUCGGGUUGUUUCCAAGAUAGAAUCUGUUUCUAGGCCUUUUCUUCCUCUAAGGCAACUACAUUUGACAUGUACAUGGUUAUGAAGAUCACAGCUGUUCUUUUUUACUUACUAA